CUAAUACUUUAUACACAUACGUACACACAUUAGUACGUAUGUCUUUUGCCUCCGACCGGCUCUUAGAACAAAAGGAAACAGAAAAGCACCAGCUGGAAGUAUGGAUGAUGAACUCUUUGCGAACAUUUGUGAGAAAGUGAGGUGUGUGCUUCUGUCUGCCGACAUGGAGAAGUUGAAUUAUGUUCGGGAAAUGCAAGGGCGCAUUCAGCAUCAAAGUCUUUUCGAAAACGUACUCGGCUCCAACAAAUAUGUCGACGAAAUGGACCGGAAUUGGCUUCCUCGCAUUAAGGCAUAUAGUUCAGAUAAAUCAAUUUCCGAUGGUUUCGCAGGAUCCGAGAUGUCCGAAAUGGAAGGCCUAGUUGAGGAAGGCAUAUCGGCGAGAUCUGAAUCGGUUGAAAGUGACGAGCAAGGAGUUGAUGUGUGGCAAGGUUACUUUAAAGGGUUUCAAAUACUAAGCGAAACUCAAGAGAGUGCAGGUGGAGAUGGUAGGAAGUGCAUCGAGCUCCGAUGUGGGGACUGUGAUCAAGCAAUAAUCAACUAUUUACGUGCCGGAAUACGUUGCUUUGCUAUUGAUCUCUUUUGUGGCACUGCAAUCGAGAAUCAGAGCCUUAUUUUACGCGUGCGCGAAAGUGAAUUGAACAUCUCCAAGGAAAUCGGCUUCCCAAUCUCAUCCACUAUAUUCGCUAAACUGAGUCCACGUCUACAAUAUACGGGUUUAAUCGAGCCCCCAGAUUUGGUUCUCGAUCUCAACAAAGGCGACGAACUCACACUGACCAGUGUGCGUGAAUACUCGACACAUUGCACCAAAACUUGUGUAUACGUGAAUGCGGCUUUUUUAUUUACUGAUGUAAAUGUAUUCGAUUACAUCUGCAUCGGACCCGAAAUACAGGUUUCCGUGCAAAAGAAGGACGCACAUUUGCGCUGCAUAGUGGAGGUGGGAGGCAAACUGAGCUCGCGAAUACCAGUGCUCUUCCCAUCGCGUUGCACUAAGUUCUUAGUGUCUAUGGAGGAGCUGGAGGAUAUUACUUUCUGCAAGGAGGUGGGUAUAAAUGUCAUCGUUUCGCACAUCGGCGGCACCGAGGAGUAUUUUCAAAAUCUGCUAAAUGCACUGAAAACUUUGGGUUGUGAGAAUAUGCGUGUAUAUGCACGUGUGGUACUGAACGAAAUAAAAGGUUGCGACAAAUGGCUAGACUGGAUGGCUGACAGUUAUGAUGGCUUCAUUAUAGCUUUCAGUCCGGCCGAGCGGCAUCCCGAGCGAGACAUACUUCACCUAUGUCCGGCCGCUGAAUCAUUCAUUAAGCGUGCAUAUCUGCUGCAAAAAGUAAUUAUUUUAGAGCCAGCUUUGAUCGCCAAAAAGCAACUGAUAGUAGACCCAUCAUACUAUCACCACAUCUUUCUCUAUCCGGACAAAUUCAUUUUACCGUGCGAAAGCUCAAAUAGCUGUUUUUACUUUUUCUUUCUGCACGAUUCGAUUUCCGAGGUGCUUAUCGAAGAGGCACUUGAUAAACUCCCAUAUUGUGAUCGUUCGCUAACGGGCAGUGACUCAUUAGCGCGUUCCACUGUCUGCGCCUCAUAUCAGAUGAAAGCGCCCGUGAUAUUCGUAUGCUCGCUAACUGGCCGAAUGGCUGCUAAGAUUGCACAUUUCAGACCGAAAGCACAGAUCAUUUUCAUCACACGCAUGAAGUCGGCUGAAACCUUUAUUUCGCUGUAUCACAAUAUCCGUUUUCUGUACUUUAACGGUAAAACCGACGAAAACUAUUAUUGCUCGCUAUAUAAGCAUUUCCUCUUCGGCUUGCUGUAUGCAGAGUCGCAACAUCUAAUAAAGCACAAUGAUAAUGUGAUAUUCGUGUACAAAGAGAACGCCAGCACUCGUUUGCCGGACAAGUAUGUGUCCUAUAAAUAUCACAGCCGCUACUUUCCACAGCAUUUAGACAAGAUACUCUUCAGAAAAUUCCCUCAUGGAUUCUUAAAAAAUCAACCGGUGCAUACUUUCGAUGCCAGGGAGACCAAAGUCGUGCGCGAACAAACUGAAGUGGAUGAAAAGUGGGAAGAGGAUGAGGAUAACAUAUGACUAUUUCUUUGAUUUUAAAUUAAUUGUGAGAUUUAAUUUUUUUGCUAAACAGAAUUCGCAUAAUGAAAGAGCUUCAGAAUUAAAAAAAUAUAUUUUUGAAUUCAAAUUGAA